GAUCCAAUCAGAUGCCAGUAGUGAUAUGUUGGCGGCGCGGCUGUAGUUUCCUCCUCCAAGGCAGAGCAGCCCAGCCGCAGUGUGUGAUCACUGCUUGUGUCAACUUGACGAGUCGAGAUGGCUAAUGUGUUGAGAAAUUCCGCUAAAUUCGGGUUUUCAGGCGUGUUGUCCCAGUUGUCCAUCCACAGUAGACAUGGGAGAGAGUGUGUGUCGCCGUGCUUCUCUCUGCAGCAGAGGAACAACUCUACCUCACCUAAGAUCAAGGUGGAUCUGGACAGCAGUACAGGUGUAGCAGUGUUGAGGAUGCAGAGUCCCCCUGUCAACAGUCUGAGUCUGGACUUCCUCACUGAGUUGUGUAUCAAUCUGGAGAAACUAGAGAUGGAUAGGAGUUGUAGAGGUCUGAUCAUCACCUCGUCCCUCUCCAAGGUGUUCUCUGCAGGGCUAGACAUCAUGGAAAUGUAUGGGAAAAGUCCGGAGCGCUGUGGAGAGUUCUGGAAGGCUGUUCAGGAGAUGUGGCUCAAACUCUACGGAUCCAACAUGGCAACCAUAGCUGCCAUCAACGGUUCUAGUCCAGCAGGUGGUUGUCUCAUGUCUAUUGGAUGUGACUAUAGGAUCAUGGCUGAUAACCCUCGCUACAGCAUCGGACUCAACGAGACUCAGCUCGGCAUCGUAGCGCCCUUCUGGUUUAAGGACACGCUGGUGAACACAGUUGGUAACCGGGCAGCAGAGCUGUCGUUGGAGCUGGGUCUGUUGUACAGCGCUCCUGAUGCCCUGAAGAUCGGCCUGGUGGACCAGUUAGUACCUGAGGACCAGGUCCUCUCCACUGCACAGGACACCAUGUCCAAGUGGCUGGCUGUACCAGACCAUGCCAGACAGAUCACCAAGUCCAUGAUGCGGAAACAGACCAUUGACAAGCUGCUGUCCAACAGGGAAGCUGACAUCACCAACUUUGUGAGCUUCAUCACUAAAGACUCCAUCCAGAGGUCCCUCCGCAUGUACCUGGAGAUGCUCAAGAGUAGAAAGGCCUAGUCUGGGGCCCGAACGGCUCCCCCGGUCCCCUUUAGGGCUUCUAACGGCUCCCCGGUCCCCUUUAGGUCUUCUAACGGCUCCCCGGUCCCCUUUAGGGCUUCUAACGGCUCCCCGGUCCCCUUUAGGGCUUCUAACGGCUCCCCGGUCCCCUUUAGGGCUUCUAACGGCUCCCCGGUCCCCUUUAGGGCUUCUAACGGCUCCCCGGUCCCCUUUAGGGCUUCUAACGGCUCCCCGGUCCCCUUUAGGGCUUCUAACGGCUCCCCGGUCCCCUUUAGGGCUUCUAACGGCUCCCCGGUCCCCUUUAGGGCUUCUAACGGCUCCCCGGUCCCCUUUAGGGCUUCUAACGGCUCCCCGGUCCCCUUUAGGUCUUCUAACGGCUCCCCGGUCCCCUUUAGGUCUUCUAACGGCUCCCCGGUCCCCUUUAGGGCUUCUAACGGCUCCCCGGUCCCCUUUAGGGCUUCUAACGGCUCCCCGGUCCCCUUUAGGGCUUCUAACGGCUCCCCGGUCCCCUUUAGGGCUUCUAACGGCUCCCCGGUCCCCUUUAGGGCUUCUAACGGCUCCCCGGUCCCCUUUAGGGCUUCUAACGGCUCCCCGGUCCCCUUUAGGUCUUCUAACGGCUCCCCGGUCCCCUUUAGGGCUUCUAACGGCUCCCCGGUCCCCUUUAGGGCUUCUAACGGCUCCCCGGUCCCCUUUAGGUCUUCUAACGGCUCCCCGGUCCCCUUUAGGGCUUCUAACGGCUCCCCGGUCCCCUUUAGGUCUUCUAACGGCUCCCCGGUCCCCUUUAGGGCUUCUAACGGCUCCCCGGUCCCCUUUAGGGCUUCUAACGGCUCCCCGGUCCCCUUUAGGGCUUCUAACGGCUCCCCGGUCCCCUUUAGGGCCCUGGUCAAAAGUAGUGCACUGUAUCGGGAAUAGGGGGCUACGUCACAAUUAUCUCUCCUUUCUGCUGUGUGAACUUGUUCUCUUCCCUUCACGGAUUUGAAAGGACAUUUUUGUGGGGAACGAGUGCACCCUUCAGGAGUUAAGGAGAGAUUAUUGGAACGCAGCCAUCCUUUAAGAGGAUGUCUUCUGAUGCCCAGGCAAACAUGUGAAAGUAACCUGGGGGUGAGUCUCAAUAGUCUGGCUCCCUCUGCUUGUCUCCUUUCACUUAUUGAGAGACACCCACUGGUUACAUCCCAAGUAGCACCCUAAUUCCCUAUAUUGUGCACUACCCUUAUAGGCCCUGGUCAAAAGUAGUGCACUAUAUAGGGAAUAGGGUGCCAGUUGAGACGCUACACUGUCAUAUUCAUAUACAUUCUGGCCCGUUUGGAUCCUAAUGAAGACACCCCCGGCCUUAUUUCCCCUGCCACAAUGUUUGACUGUUUAGACUGAAACACAGAGCGCUGUUACGAUGUAGGUGAUUGUACAGUAUGUCAUCUUGCCUUUAUCUGUGAACAUAAUGUUUGUUUUCGUAUGAUCUUUUCCUCUACUGUUGGUUUGCAAGUAAACAUCUUUAAAAUACCUUC